UGGAAUCUGCCAACUGAACAGAAGUUGAAUUUGCAGUGAACCUGCAGCUAUGUCCAACGACUUCAUUACUGGUCUUUAGAGCGGUAUGUCAGCUGUUUGUAUUACCUAAAAACAAAUGCCAAAUGUUUGUGCAUCCUGGUCAACUUAUGUGUCAACUGUACACACAAAAGUUUAAAGGUCCCAUGUUGUGCCCAUCUUGAACAAAUUGAUGAAAGUAUCACAUAUCCCUAGAAUGAGCCUUCAAAAUUUUCAGCUAAAAAUACCACAAAAAAUAUCAACACUGUUCUAAACAGGCUGUUUCAGCUUUAAAUUCAGCUGAGCUGCUGCAAUCCAUGUCCACUUCAGGAAGAAGACUCUCACUGCGUUUCUGAUUGAUAGCACAGAACAAAACCAUUGACCACAAGGCAGCUGACAUUAACAUAAACACGUGUGAGAUCUGGACUUCCGAUGGCUUAUAACUUGUUUCUGAGUGACUAUUUUACAUCAGGGGCUGUGUGGUGCAAUGGUCAAGUUUCUGAACUACUGAUGAGAAGGUCAAAGGUUCAAACCCCGAUGUGGGUUUUAGAACAAGGCCCCUAACCCUCUCAGCCAUGAUAUAACGAUGGCUGAUCCUGUGCUCUAACUCCAAUUGGGAUAUGUGAAAAACAGUGUUGUAAAAACGUAUUUGUGACAAAUAAAGGCUUCUUCUUCUACAUAGAAUUGGCUCUGAGGUGGCUGCUGAUUAAUAGAGUGGCUACAUUUCUCUCAGUAUUUCAAACUGACUUGUGGUCAUUCAAUCAAAGCUAAUGGCAAUGUUAGCCAUAUUAGCUGCGAAUGUGCUAACACUAAGGAUUUUCCCACUGCUGACAUUGCCAUCAACAAUAAAAGCAGUUUGCUGGAUCUUCAGUUCCUCAGCUGCUGGGAGUUCAUGGAGACUGUUGUGUUCCCUUUUGCAGCCAGCAGCAGAACAUUUGUUGAGCUUUGCUUGUGGCUGAGACAUUUAAUAGUUAGCAGAAGCAGCUCUAGAGAGUAAGCAAACCUAGUAGACUGAGAGGCAGCUGCUCUUUAUGAAUGGCUCAUCUUGUGUGAAGCAGGCAGUGAGAAGGAAGACCUAUUCAAAAUUUUAGCUGGAUGGCUAUUGGUUUCUUAGUUGAAAUGUGGCUCAGCAAAUUUUUCAAUGGCUCUUAAAGUCUGGAGCCUAUAUUGUUGCAGGGAGACUUAAGAGAUGUCAAAAAUGAUUUUCUGCAUAUCUUAGCUUUUAUUUCACACCUCCAAAUUUAUAGCAACCGCAAAAACACAAGAGAUGGGUUUUGACCAUGUGGGGACCUUUAUGUUCUGUAGGAAAAGCAGUCUGUGACUGAAAAAUCGAAACCACAAUAGUUAAACAUUUUGUCUUUGUCUCAGCUGUCUUUUAAAUGAUGCUUUGAUAUACUGGUUUAGAAAUGUCUCCAUUGACUAAUUCUGAUUCUCGUCUUCUGUUCACAUUAAGGUUAAAUGUAGAAUCCAAUUUUGUCCCUCUGUCAGCUGUGGAAAAAAUCUUUAAAGCCAUUUCUUGUUGUCAGUGUUGAGACAACAUCUCUUCGUCACAUGUACGGAAAGAGAAACUGACUUCAGCAGUAUGAAGCAAAACACCAGAGUUCAUGAAUGGUGCCUUCUUCCACCGAAAGAGUUAAUUAGCAUCUCUCCUCUCUGCUUCUCUCUGCUGUCUGGCUGCUACACUAAAACCUCCUCCAUCCCUCAGUCAGCCAAUCAGAUCCCUCUCCUCCAACCAGCCCCUGAAAAACAGACUAAUGUGAUUGGAUAGGGAGUGGGGAACAGCAUGCAAGGCGGGGGAGAGGGGUUCCUCAAAGCCUCUCCCUCCCUCUCUCCCUCUUUAUGUCUCUCAUUGACAGUGUGUGACAGUAGUUGGAUAAGCGACUGCAGUCACACCCUUCUUCCCCUGAUGGUAGAUCACAUCUCCAGGCUCCCCUACCUCAGCCCACCCCCACCUCACCCCUCCUACCCCCCCUCAUCUCCAGGACAGCACCUGGGACUGUGAGAACUUUCAUUUCCAAACGGACUUCUUUCAUGUGCAGACCGUCCCUGCUCUGCAUGGAGCACAGCUGAGGGGGCAAAUUACAGCAGAUCACAAAGCAGGCAAACUUGGAUUUUAGCUGCCACUAACAUCAACAUGCGCAGGUCGACAUGCCUGCGUCGGCACUCUGGGUUUGUCUGUGCUGGAGACUCAGACAGUUUAAGAGGAUGCUGAACCGUGAACUGACGCAGCUGUCGGAGACAAGCCGCUCAGGGAAUCAGGUGUCAGAGUUCAUCGCCAGCACCUUCCUAGAGAAACAACAUGACGUGGAGAUUCUGUCGCCGCCUCCGAAGGAGAAGGAGAAGAAGAAGAGGCCGAUGUCACAGAUCAGUGGUGUGAAAAAGGCCACGCAAAGUCCCAGCUUAGCACCUGCCUGCAUCCCUCGCUUCGGAGUCAACACACCCCACGAGAGCAUGCUGGCUAAAGAAAUUGAAGACAUCAAUCGCUGGGGUCUGGAUAUAUUCAAAAUAGCAGAAUUUUCUGGAAACCGCCCUCUGACAGUGGUCAUGUACUCCGUCUUCCAGGAGCGAGACCUUCUGAAAACCUUUAAGGUCCCAAUCGACACCUUCAUCACCUUCAUGAUGACCUUGGAGGACCACUAUCAUGCAGACGUAGCUUAUCACAACAACAUCCAUGCAGCUGACGUGGUACAGUCCACCCACGUCCUCCUGUCCACCCCCGCUUUGGAGGCGGUGUUCACAGACCUGGAGAUCAUGGCUGCUCUAUUUGCUAGUGCCAUCCACGAUGUCGACCACCCAGGAGUCACCAACCAGUUCCUCAUAAACACCAGUUCGGAGCUGGCGCUAAUGUACAAUGACGCAUCAGUCCUGGAGAACCAUCACCUCGCUGUGGGCUUCAAACUGCUCCAAGAGGACAACUGUGACAUUUUCCAGAACCUCAGCAAGAAACAGAGAGACUCCCUCCGCAAGAUGGUGAUCGACAUGGUGCUGGCCACAGAUAUGUCCAAACACAUGAACUUCUUGGCAGACAUGAAGACGAUGGUGGAGACCAAGAAAGUGACGAGUUUGGGAGUCCUGCUGCUAGACAACUAUUCAGACCGCAUCCAGGUUCUACAGAACAUGGUCCACUGUGCCGACCUGAGCAACCCAACCAAACCGCUGGAGCUUUACCGCCGGUGGACGGACCGCAUCAUGGUGGAGUUCUUCACCCAGGGAGACAGAGAGCGAGACAAGGGCAUGGAGAUCAGUCCAAUGUGUGACAAACACAACGCCUCCAUAGAGAAGAGCCAGGUGGGGUUCAUUGACUACAUUGUGCACCCUCUGUGGGAGACCUGGGCGGACCUGGUGCACCCUGAUGCUCAGGACAUCUUGGACACACUGGAGGACAACAGGGAGUGGUACCAGAGCAUGAUCCCCCGCAGCCCAUCGCCCUCCAGCCCCGAGGAGCACCGUGCUGAGGUCGGGCCAGGAGGGGGCGCUGUGGGAGCAGGAGGGGCCCUCCCUUCAACAGGUGGAGGAGGAGGAGGAGGGGGAGUAGGGGACAAGUUUCAGUUUGAACUCACUCUGGAGGAAGAGGAGGAGGAUGAGGAGGAGGUGGAGUCUGACCUGGAGAGCCCCCAGGAGGAGGAGUUCCAAUCGGGCGGGGAGAGGCACCGGGACUCCCCCUCCCCCUCUCUGUCUCCAGACCCCCGCAGCAGGUACCGCCCCCCCUCGCCUCAUCCUUCUCGGACCCUGAAUAUGGCUGGCAUGUCGGUGCGGAGCCCCCAACCCCACAGGACACUGGCCUCCCCAGGCAGGGAGGGCACCAACAGGGACAGAGAACUGAGCCAGGAGGGCGACGGCGUGACGUGUCUGAGAAUGGGAACGUAACAACCAGCACAACCUGCCCCGCCUGAGAGACACGAGUGCUGGGUGUGUGGAGAUGGAGGCAGGGCAAGCCUUUAACCAAUAAUGUCUGUAAAAUCACCACAGUCCCUUUACACUGGAGACAGCCUCUCUGGAGAACAGAGGAACGUUCCCCCUCUGUUUGGUUUUUAUUUUUCAGCAAGAAGAAGAGUUUUAGCCUCUCUUUGGGUGCCUGAUAGGCCUUUGUGUCCUGUCCUGGUUUGUUGUAGCUUCAGUUUGUGUCCCAGACAAAAACUGCUGCAUUUAAACUGGGAAGAAGAGCGGAGCCAAGGCCUGUGCUCUAACAAGAGGCAACAAAGGCAAAGGAAAUGUCUUCCUCCAAAAUAACUGUGAUAAUCGGACAUGAAUGAUGAUUGAGGAUCACGGUGGUGUGACAGGGUCUUGGAAAUUAUUUUGCACCAUAGUUUUAGUUUAGGAUAUGAAAUUAUUGAGUCGUUGUUGGAAUAAGUGAGUAUGAUUUCUUUGUUGAAGAAUGGUGUGAGAGAUGAAUCAUUUUACCAAAUACAGGAUGCAGAUGAGCUGCGAGAGAAUCGAUGGACUUUAACCUCAGGGUAUGAAGAGAAACAUAAAUCUAAUGUAGCACAGAUGUACUGGGUAACCCCGGCCUGCCCCCUGAACCCAAACUGUCUUUCCUGUUUGUUUUACCUCCCAGAGACAAAGGGAGAUUUUGUUUAACCUGCGUUUCUCUACAAUUAAUUCAACCCUUUAAUAGUGAAUUUGGCAACUGAAGCAAUCAAAUCAUGUAAACUUAAACCAGCUUGUAGCACCAAACAAACUGAACACUGAAGAAGACUGCACCCCAGUCUCACCUGGUGAAAACACAAAAGACACCACCUGUAUAACUAGCUUUUGUUUUUUAACGCAAGAUGGUUUUAAAUGGUGUCGCUGCUUCAGGUUUUAAGUUUUGAACCAUUCUUUCUUGUACAUUUGCUGGUCUCAUCUGUGUAUGUGUGCUUUGAAAGCAUUUUUUUAAUCAGGGUGCCUCCAGUCCGCAGUAGCACUUUACUGUUUCUGCCGUUCAGCUCUUCUAUUCAGUCACACAAAGGGCUUCACCCACUGUAGGCCUACUGAUCACUAAAACGCAGUACAGGACAUCUGAUUAGAGGCACCAGAAGGCAGGGCAAGAAAAACGAACCACCCGACCACAAGUUCACAAACUCAGCAGAGGAUUUGAUGGACUCUGUCGGUAUCAAUUCUCAGCCCUCUCGUGGUCACAUAAUGUUGGAAUUAUAAGACUCCGUCUGUCUUUUUGCUAAGCUUUUGUUUGUUCCACAUUCACUAAAGUUUGCAUCGAAGUUUCUCAAGCUAACAGUUCAGAGUUUCUGUUAGUUUGUGGCACAAAAAAGAUCUAAAAAGGAGAGUGAAUCACUAAAUACUAAUACAACCAGCUCUGUCAACUUUAACAUCAAUCCGAUUGAGUUACGUCUUUCUUCCUGAGGCAGUUUUAUGCCUCCGACAUUUUCUGAACAAUCUGAGGUAUGAAAUUAAAAACAUUGUGCCUUCUGACAGUGCUGCAUCCUGAGAAGAUAGCAGCCCUUUUAAAUGUACAGUACAAAGAGUUUUGAUGUCUCAUUUGAAAUGUAUCCAGAUCUUUACUGUGGCGGAGCUGGUGCUGUCAGGUGGUUGAUUCAAUCCUGCUGGGAUUUUUUUGUCCUCAUCUACAAACUUUUUAAAUCUACAAGAAAUCUGUGUACACCUGAAGGCACUUUUAAGCAGAUGUGAUAUUUUUGUGGAAAAGUGUCCCCCCCUCCACCUUCAACCUGAAUUGAAUGAGAGCCUGGCUGCUUUUUCUGAUGAAAGAAUAAUGUGGAUUAUAACAGUUGUGUGUGUGUGCGCGUGUGUGUGUCAACAAAUCCCAUGAAAAGACCAAACACACAAUGAACUGGUGCUACAGUGAAGUAUUAUCUGUGUAGCAGCUUACUCGUUUGUGACAUCCAUUGUCCACAACUAUAAAAGCACACCAAUAAGCCACAGAUGUUCCUUCAUUAGGAUUAAUGUUAUUUUUUAACAUUCAGUCUGUGCUGUGUUGCUGAUGUAGACGCUCUGCAGUUCAACAAAUGUGAAUGAAUCUGUGACUGAAAAAAGCCUACCAAAACUGAAUUAUUUGUUCCAAUUUUAGGAAUAUUUGCUACAGCUGAAAAUGUCCAGCUGUCAUAUUGAAUUACUACACUAAAUUUGUGACCUUCAAAGAUUUAGCGAAAUAGCAAACAUAUUGUUUGUUCUGGUCAUUUCAGAAGUUUUGUUCACAACAAAGAAAAAAAUAAUGCCAGCCUUAACCAAUGCAGUGGAUUAUUUUCCACCAUUUCAGUUGGCACAAAUAGGCAGAUAAAGGUUCAAGGAAAAAAUUAUUCUCAACUGCUUGAUUCUUCCAAAAUCAUUCAGGAUCUUAUAAUUCCAAAAAAAGAAGGUGCGUUUUCCUGCCCUGCCGACAGAUGCUGACGUAGACAUCAUGAAGACCUCAGUUUUCAAAGCUGGUGACAAAAAUGAAUGGCCUGUAGUUCAAACUAAACAGAUUGUGAUCCAUCAGGUUGUCAGUCUUAUUUGGUAGAUUGUGCUCGACUGGGAUAAAUGUGUGCCACAAGUGUUGAAAACACACAAACACCUGCCAGCCUACAAUGCUGUACAUUUUUACACUAGAGAUUUUAACCUGAUGAUUGUAUCAAAGUCAUUAAUUAACUUUAUAGUGUUAGUUUUUACAGAUGAUACACGUUAACAGUAUUUAGAGCGGACAUUUUAAUAGAUUUUGUGCAGCUUAGGAUCAGUCUGUUCAGCCCUUUUCCUAAUCAGAUAGCUGAGACUUGAGAAUGUGUGUAGUUUCAGGUGUUUCAUGACUUUCAUGUCUUUCUGUACCAAGUACACGUUCAAUCUAGAGCAGUGUUUGUCGCCGUCACUGAGGUAGAGAGACCAGGAAGUGGGCAAGCACUACACAAGAUAUGACGCUCCUCCUGGUCAGGCAGUAGUAGAAAACACUAGUCUAACAGUAUUUCAUUCAUUCAGCUAGUAAGCUUUAUUGAUCAGCCUUUCAUGAGAUAGGAGAGGUUUGAGCUUUGUGUGAAAGGACCACUGUGCUGUUUUUGAAAUGCUGACCGUCUUAGACAUUUUAUUUCCAUUUUUAUGAUGUUUUGAAAAAAUAUUGAAAUAUUGAAAAAAUAGAAAAUUGCUGAUAUGCAGGCUUCACCUGAUUUGAAAGAGCACAUCCAGGAGCUAGAGAACACUCAUUUUAAGUUGAUUGAAGGCUUCUUCCAAGUAGAUCUGAGCAGCAGAAAUAUUUAUUAAAGCAAUUAAAUGCCAAUCAGAAUUUCGGUGCUGCAGUUUAUUCAUAUAUAGCACUUUUCUUCCCUCCAGUGUCUAAAUUACCCACAUACGUGUUCACAUGCUGAAAAUGCCAUGCAAACCUCCACAGCUUCACGGUGGGCCAGAAGUUUCCAUACAUAGGAAAAUAAACGUUUUAUGUUGGACAACCGUUUUUAUUUAUAUAAUGCGCUCUGUAUGAUAACCAUUGUUUCAAAAGCACAUUCAUACGUGUUUUCCACUGUUGCUGACCUUGCAUUAGCACAGUUGAAGUUAUGCUUGUAAUAUCGUUGGUGAUACGUUCUUUGAAAAGAUUUAUGCCUUGUAUCUUCACCUGAUACACCAUAGACUUCACGUGCCCCCAAAGAUAGCGUCAAACGCAUCUUCUAGGGUAUAUGAAACAUCAGAAAAUAUACAUUAUACAUUUUCCUAUGUAUGGAAACUUAUGGCCCACUCUGUGUCUUAGUUUUUUUUUUUUUUAAUAGAGUUUAUACUUGCACACAAGAUGUGUCAGAAUCUUAUAGGCUGGUUGCCAAGAAAGUUGAACCUCUUAGGCUUUUCUUGAGUAUCACAGAGGACUUGGUGUUUUUGGCUUCCUUUAAAAAAAAAUAAUAAUAACUUUCAAUUUUUUGGGUCAUGUAGAUUGCAGUGAAGCUUCUCCUCCAAAUGCUGCCACAGAUACAAAAAAUGUCUCCAAACAAAAACCAGUCUCUAGAAAGCUAAAGUUUUUUUGGCAUUGGUUAGUUAUAGUUAAUCAGUAAUUCAGACUGCUUCACACUGAUUAAACAGCUCUCUUACUAUAGAGAAAAAAAAAAAAAAAAAAACCUUGCUAGGUUUUAGUUUCUAGUGUGUCCAUGUCUAAUAAAAUAAGAGCUGAAACAGCAGCUAUAAGCCAAAGGGAUACAUUUAAAUUCAGUCCUUCCCUCCAUGUUGUUGCAGUCUGUUGUGAACACCAUCUGUAAGCUGCCUGGUCGCUCUCCUGCAGCACAGCAAGUGAUGAAUUUUUACAUUUCCAGUUAGUAUAAAGCAAACUGAAUCAGGGUAGAAAGUUCCUCUGAUACAUAAAGCAACAUGACACUCCUAAAGAAAAAUGUCCUUUUUACAAGUUGAACAUGGCAUUUUCAUCAUGUAGAAUGCUUUUUAACAUCCAAGUCAUUUUUUGAAGGAUUUUUUUGUUUUUCAAUGUGAGGGAUAAGGUUUGCAUUAUAAACAGUACUGUGGCUCUUUACAGGAACACAUCAGUGCCAUACAGUGUUAAAUGUGUUGCGAGCAGGAGUCUCUACUUUGGCUCUGUUAGUGUUGCGCUGAUUCCGCCUCCAUCACUGUUCAUGCCGUCUCGUUUUCUCAGCCUCUGUGUCGUGCAAACUUCUAUAAAAAGAUAUUUAUUCUUCAAAACGUGUCUGUCGAGACAAAGUACUGUAACAUAGGACAUUUGAUUUUAUGUUCUGGAGCCUAAAAAUCAAGUAUACUUUACAAGUAUGUAUACAUCUGCCACUCCAAUGUUUGUCUAAAGAAGUUAACUAUAUUUUUGUUUCGCAUUUUAAGCCAAAAGAGUCUCGGGAGUUCAGGGUGUUUUAAGUGAAAGAUGCCAAUAAACUACAUGGAAAUUCACAA